AUGAAAUACACUGGCUGUGCAAGCAAGGACAAGGAGGAGGCAAGGACAAGGAGGAGGCAAGGACAAGGAGGAGGCAAGGACAAGAAGGAGGCAAGGACAAGAAGGAGGCAAGGACAAGAAGGAGGCAAGGACAAGAAGGAGGCAAGGACAAGAAGGAGGCAAGGACAAGAAGGAGGCAAGGACAAGAAGGAGGCAAGGACAAGAAGGAGGCAAGGACAAGAAGGAGGCAAGGACAAGAAGGAGGCAAGGACAAGAAGGAGGCAAGGACAAGAAGGAGGCAAGGACAAGAAGGAGGCAAGGACAAGAAGGAGGCAAGGACAAGAAGGAGGCAAGGACAAGAAGGAGGCAAGGACAAGAAGGAGGCAAGGACAAGAAGGAGGCAAGGACAAGAAGGAGGCAAGGACAAGAAGGAGGCAAGGACAAGAAGGAGGCAAGGACAAGAAGGAGGCAAGGACAAGAAGGAGGCAAGGACAAGAAGGAGGCAAGGACAAGAAGGAGGCAAGGACAAGAAGGAGGCAAGGACAAGAAGGAGGCAAGGACAAGAAGGAGGCAAGGACAAGAAGGAGGCAAGGACAAGAAGGAGGCAAGGACAAGAAGGAGGCAAGGACAAGAAGGAGGCAAGGACAAGAAGGAGGCAAGGACAAGAAGGAGGCAAGGACAAGAAGGAGGCAAGGACAAGAAGGAGGCAAGGACAAGAAGGAGGCAAGGACAAGAAGGAGGCAAGGACAAGAAGGAGGCAAGGACAAGAAGGAGGCAAGGACAAGAAGGAGGCAAGGACAAGAAGGAGGCAAGGACAAGAAGGAGGCAAGGACAAGAAGGAGGCAAGGACAAGAGUAA